UCCCUCGGGUCGGGGUUGCCGGGAGAAGCGCGCUCUUGGCGGUUUGAGACCCCGGCCUGGGGCUGGUGUGGGAGGCGGGGCCCUCCAGUUUAGGCUCGUGGGGCCGGCCGCUGAGCACUUGAGAAAAGGAGGGAAGGGAGGAAGGACCAGGCCCUGCCGCUCCACCCUCUCCUCCCCGGCCCCGCCGUGCCUUCCUCAGGCUUCAGGACCCCCGGCCGCGAUGGAGUUCGCGGAGCUGAUCAAGACCCCGCGGGUGGACAACGUGGUGCUGCACCGGCCCUUCUACCCAGCCGUGGAAGGCACAUUGUGCCUGACCGGCCAUCACCUCAUUCUGUCCUCCCGGCAGGAUAACACCGAGGAGCUGUGGCUGCUCCAUUCCAACAUUGAUUCCAUUGAAAAGCGGUUUGUGGGAUCAUUGGGCACCAUAAUCAUAAAAUGCAAAGAUCUGCGGAUUAUUCAGUUGGAUAUUCCUGGAAUGGAGGAAUGCUUGAAUAUUGCAAGUUCUAUUGAGGCUUUGUCAACCUUGGACUCCAUCACUCUGAUGUAUCCUUUCUUUUACCGACCCAUGUUUGAAGUCGUAGAAGAUGGCUGGCAUAUGUUUCUUCCUGAGAAAGAAUUUGAGCUCCUCUCCUUAGUUACCAAUGAAUGGAGGUUGAGCUAUGUCAAUAAGGAUUUUACUGUCUGCCCUUCCUACCCUCCGAUAGUAACUGUGCCCAACUGCAUUGAUGAUGAAGCCCUUAAGAAAGUGGCUACAUUUCGUCAUGGUGGGCGCUUCCCAGUACUUAGUUAUUUCCAUAAAAAAAAUGGAAUGGUGAUGAUCCGGAGUAGUCAGCCACUAACAGGCACGAAUGGGAGACGAUGCAAAGAGGAUGAAAAACUUAUCAAUGCUACCCUUCGUGCAGGAAAACGAGGCUACAUUAUUGACACUCGAUCUCUAAAUGUGGCUCAACAAGCUAGAGCUAAAGGGGGUGGUUUUGAGCAGGAAGCUCAUUAUCCUCAGUGGAGACGAAUCCACAAGUCCAUUGAUAGGUAUCAUAUUCUUCAGGAGAGCUUGAUAAAACUUGUAGAAGCCUGUAAUGACCAAUCACAUAACAUGGACCGGUGGCUUAGCAAAUUAGAGGCUUCUAAUUGGUUGACUCACAUCAAAGAGAUUCUAACCACUGCCUGCCUGGCCGCUCAGUGUAUUGACAGGGAAGGAGCAUCAGUAUUGAUUCAUGGAACAGAGGGAACUGAUUCUACACUUCAGGUUACCUCCUUGGCCCAGAUCAUCUUGGAACCAAGAUGUAGGACCAUCCGUGGUUUUGAGGCUCUUGUAGAGAGAGAGUGGCUACAGGCAGGCCACCCCUUCCAACAGCGUUGUGCCCAGUCGGCCUACUCCAACAGUAAGCAGAAGUGGGAAGCACCUGUGUUUUUUCUUUUCCUAGACUGCGUGUGGCAAAUCCUGCGCCAGUUCCCUUGCUCCUUUGAAUUUAACGAGCACUUCCUCAUCCUGCUCUUUGAGCACUCUUAUGCCUCCCAGUUUGGGACAUUCUUGGGCAACAAUGAAAGUGAAAGGUGUAAAUUGAAAUUGCAGCAGAAAACCAUGUCCUUGUGGUCCUGGGUCAAUCAACCUAGGGAACUGAGCAAGUUCAUUAAUCCUCUUUUUGAAGCCAACAGCCUGGUCAUCUGGCCUUCAGUUGCUCCACAGAGUCUUCAGUUAUGGGAAGGUGUAUUUCUACGAUGGAACAGAUCUUCUAAGUAUCUAGACGAAGCUUAUGAAGAAAUGAUUAAUAUCAUUGAAUAUAACAAGGAAUUACAGGCAAAAGUAAAUACCCUCAGAAGGCAAUUAGCAGAGCUCGAAACAGAAGAUGGGAUGCAAGAGAGUCCCUAA